UAUUAUAUUAUUAAUUAAUAAUAUGUAGUCAUCAUUAUUGCAUGUUAUUAUAUUGUCUUAUUCAGUUUGUAGCUUUGUUUUGCUUUUACACUGGUACGCCUGCACAUGUGUUCCAAACCACACGAAGGAAUCCGGAAGAAUAUGCUGUGGGCGGAGCUGAACGGUGAGCGCCUCGUCUGAUUGGCUGACGGAUUGGGCGGUGAUGCUCGUUGACCAAUCGCGCGUUGUCGGAAGUGUUCGGCACAGUUCGGUUGUGGAGGCGGAGCGCAACGCGUGUGGAUGGAGCGCUUGAUGCUUUUCUUCACCGGAGACCAGAUGGUCCGUUCCUGCUGCUGUUAGGAGACAGAAUGACCUCAACGCUUUCCUACUCACAGAAACACAAAAUGCAUGUCAGCAUCAACUUGAAGAUGUGUCUGGAGUGACCGAAUUCGUUCAGCAUCCAUUCGUUUCUCAGUACCCAGCAUGGACUUCCUGCAGAUGAAGCACCUGAAGAGGAAGAGGAAGAGCAACUACAGCGUGAAGGAGACUCAGACUCUGAUCCGCGAGAUCCACAAGCGGCGUGAGAUCUUGUUCUCCCGCCAGCAGAACAUGGCCAUCAACGAGCUGAAGCGGCGAGCGUGGGAGGAGGUGGCUGACAGCGUGAACGCUCUGGGCGAGGGCGAGCUGCGCACGGCGGCCGAGGUCAAGCGGCGCUAUCUGGACUGGCGCGCGUUGAUGAAACGAAAGCAACUUCAGGCCGAGCUGGCGUCGGGAUUGAAGCAGGAGUUUGAAGCUUCGUCUCCCGAUAAUGAUGCGUCUCUGGGUGGCGGCGAUCAGUCGCUGGACCUCAGUGGGUUUUCCAAAGACUCGUCGUGCGACUGGCAGGACCUGACGGACCUCGGGGAGCCCAGCACACACAUUCCUGGAGUCAAAAUAGAGGACGACGAGGCCUGCAACUACAGAUUGGAGGCGGAUGUUGGAGAAGGUGGUGAGGGUGAGGAGGACGAUGAAGACUGUUUUCCCUCAAUCCUCCCUGAUAUGGACCGUGAGGGCAGAGUUCCUGAAGUCUUCGCUCACAUCGAUGAAUUCGGCAUGCUGAGCUCCACGAAGCCUGUGUUAGGAUCGGCGGCGACUCGAGACCUGGGACUCGGAGUCGGGGGCUCGUCCGGGAUGGGCGGAGCUGGAUUGGAGAACACAAAUCUGCUGGUGGCGCUGGAGAGACAGAGACUGGACCUGGAGAAACACCGCUUACAGGUGGAGUCCGAACGGCUGCAGGUGGAGAAAGAGCGCCUCCUGGUGGAGAAGGAGCGGUUGAGGCAGGGCGAGGUGGAGAGGGAGCGGCUGCAGCUGGAGAAGGAGCGUCUGCAGGUGGAGCGAGAACGAUUGCGUCUGCAGCUGCAACAGAACACGCCCCUCCAGCAGAGCCCCGCCCCCUCGACAUCUGUAGCCACACCCACCACAUCAUCCUCUGCCCCCUCGUCGUCCUCAUUGGAUGGAGAGAAAGACAGGAAGCUGGCUUGGCCAAUGGCGGUGGAUCUAGAGGCGGAGAAGCUGAAGUUAGAGAAAGAGCGCCUCCUGCUGGAGAAGGAGAGACUGCAGUUCUUCAAGUUUGAGUCGGGAAGACUGCAGAUUGAGAAAGAGCGCCUUCAGGUGGAGAAAGAAAGGCUGCAGCUUCAUAAAGAUGGACAACAGAUGGCGCUGCACUCGUGAAACAUCAUAGAUACAGCCCAUUAGAGAAAGAUUGUUACCAUAGUUAUCUAUUCAUUUCUAUUGGGAAAAAUUCUAAUGUGUCUUAUGCACUUUAAAUAAAGCAAAAAAAAAAUAUAUAUAUAUAAAACGUAUAUUUAUCAGAUAUUUGAAAACGGAAAAAGUCAAGCAAUGAUUGUGAGAAGUUUAGAAACAAGAUGCAUGUGCACUCAGUUUUGAAUAUUUGCAGCAGUAGACUGUGCAUUUUUAAAUAUAAGUAUGAAAUAUGAUAAAUGAAUGUCAUAAAAUUACCUCAUUGCACAGAAAAGCAGAAGAAAACUGUGAUUGUACAUGCGUCUUUUAUCAUGUUGAUGCUGAAUUGCUUGUAUUCGCUAAAAACAAACAAACAAAAAACGUUAAUCGACAAAAUAAUAAUAUAUAAAUA